CGUCGUUCUUCUGCACCGCGGGGUACGUUCUCUGCGGCGUCGGCAUGGCCUUACCGCAGUGCCUCAGCAAGGAUAAAGCAUCCAAGCUCCGCGGACAGGAGAACAUGGCCAUCAACAGCUCGGCGUACCAGUUCUUCGGUACCCUCUUCAACGUGAUCGGUCUCGCGAUGGGGAUAGUCGGUUCGCUCAUGUACUCGCCGACGGUGCUGCACGCGAUGUUCGGCGCGGACAUGAACGAGAACCGAGAGUGGGAGUGGAUGCGCAACUGGGCGAACAUCAUCUGGGCGGUGUCCUUCUUCAUGUUCCCCAUCGGCGUCGGGAUGUUCCUCGUGGAACGAUGGGAGUGCAUCAGCGCGCAUAACGAGGCGGUGGGUAAACCCCCGCCGUCGCCGUGGGACAAGAACAUGCGCAUACUGGUCUGGGCGGAGAUCAUGCUCGGGAUCUGCGCGGCGGGUGGCGUCUUCUUCUGCUUUGACGACGACCCGGGGGCGUACUUUAUCGCGUGCGCUCUCUUCACCCUCGCAGGUGGGAUCAAGGUGAGCUUGCUGGUGUACGAGAUAUGCGAGAUGUCCGGGUGCUGCUGCGGGACCGGCGUGUUCGACGAGGAGCACGGGAUGCCGGCGAAGGGGGCGGAUGAGAAGACUCCGCUGCUCAACGACGGCGACGGGUACCCGGUCGGCGGCGGGAAUUGGAAGGGCGAGCAGGGCUCCGCCGGGAAGGGUCGCAGGGACAGCACGGGGUCGCCGCAGGGCAGCGACAUCGCGCCGUCUUCGGACACGUCCUCGCUCCUGGGAGACCCUCACGUGGCCCAAGGCUCGCCGCGUUGAAACGAGUCGAUGAAUUGAUUUUUACGUUUAGGUCGCAUUGUUCAACUGGCUCAGUUGGCCGCGAAACACGCUUGUAAUGGUCGAACAGAGUCGUGUUCUU